CACUAAUUAUCUUAGGCGGAAGGUGGGCUGUUCCCUUUUGCCCCAUCAGGCUUUACUUGACUCACCCGUGCUGUAGUACAAUGAGGUUGUACUCUAAAAAGGUUCCCUUCACUAUCCUAUUUACUACAAAUUAAAUCCUCCAAAGCCACUCCAAUCCAAAAUCCUAAUAAAAACAAACCACCCGCCUAACGUCGUCGGGCCGACGCCGCGAUGCCUUCCGAGCCCUCCACCUCAGGCAUCGUCACAGACGAAAAUAGCGGCGAGCGCCAGAUCCCAGAGUCCGUGCGAGCAGACGGUACCACACGAAAAGCGAUCAAGAUCCGACCGGGCUACAGACCCCCCGAAGACGUCGAACUCUACAAAAACCGCACCGCAGAAUCAUUUCGCAACCGUGGCAAAGGUGGCGUUAUCGGCGCAGAAGGUCUAAAAGAGCAAAAGCCACAAGAAACAUUAUCCGCCUCAAGCAAUAAAAACGCCAAACGUCGGGAAGCCAGAAAGAAGGCCGCCAAAUCGAAUCAAGACCCAGCGGCGGCGGGUGACGAAGCUCCCAAAGAGACGAAUACUACAAAAACGGAAGAGGCUAUUGACCCGGAGGUAGAGAAAGAGAAAAAGGCCCGAAAUCUGAAGAAAAAGCUGAAGCAGGCCAAGGACCUGAAGAGCAAGAAGGAUGGAGGAGAAUCUCUCUUGCCGGAACAGAUCGCAAAGGUCAUCAAGAUCAACGAGCUUGUGAGGGAGCUUGAGGCGCUUGGCUUCGACUCUGAAGGCGAACCUAAGUCCAAUUCAGCCGAGGCAGCAAAAGAAGGAUGACGGAGUAGCCAUUUAGAUGAUUGCAUACUCUAAAACUCCGACAAGGCGCCACCAAAGAUAUCCUCCGCCGAAAAUCCGACAAUAGUUAUUACGAAAACUACAAUACGGAUUAUCUUGGCCAUGCGGCAUUUCCGGUGUGUCGGAUGAUCUAUCACGAUUACGAUUAUGAUAUACGUUAAAUCCUGGUCCUGAUCUCGAUAGAUCUAGCACUUGGGGUAUCUACCUAGGUAGAUACCGAAGCAUUUUUAAUCAUAGGUACUAGAUUAAGUAUCUCGGGCUUUGGAGAACAUCAGCCUAGUUCUUACCAACCCAUAAGUAAUGCGCCAUAAGAGCGACAACUACACAACUAUGUAGUUUUGUUGGCAAACAUAACAGCACAACCAAAAAUGUCGUACGACCUGGAAGAAAUUAGGUAGCUGAUGAAGAUGAAUGUUCCACAAGAAGAAUAAGUUCUUCGGCGCAUGACCUUGGCUUUUUAUUCCCAUAUGUGAUGAUAAAUUUCGUACCCUCGGAGGCAUAUGUCUCAGCACAUAACAUCUAACGAAUAGCCACAACUAAUAAUAAAACAUGAUCACAUCGGG